GCACCUUUCUUAAGAACAUUUUUCUCUUAGCUGUGAGAAAUAUUCAUUCCUUGUUUUCGAUUGCCCUUUGGUUCUUUCUUUUGAUUCAAUCUUUACAAUAGAUCAUGUCAGAUUACACAGUGAGGAGACUCCAAACGAGGGAGCAGCUCGACGCGGUAGUUGAAGUUAUCUUCAGAGCUCAAUAUUCUCCAUACAUGCCAUCAAGCUCUAUCUUUUUCCCCGUAGCCGGCUACUCACUAGAAGAACGAUCUGCAGGGAUUGCUGCAUCCAAAGAACGACUGUGGAAAGAGCAUCUGGCCGCGAAUCCCGCGACCAAUCAAUGGAUAAUUGUUGAAGAUAAAGAAAGCUUGAGAAUCGUCGGUGGCUGCUUAUGGAAAUGGCAUGAUGGAAACCCAUUUCCAGAUGGUAUUCCGACGCCUAGUGUAUACUGGUGGCCAGAGGGAGAGGCGAGGGAGUUUUGCGAAGAGAUGAUAAGGCAGUCCAUGACGUCAAGGAGCUUAUGGAUGCAUGAUAAGUAUGCUGGACUAUACAUGAUGGUCGUACACCCAGAUCACAGGUCUCGUGGUGUUGGUGGACUGAUGAUGGAAUGUGCCAAUACUAAAAUCGACGAAAUGGGAAUAGAAGGUUUCAUUGAAGCUAGUGAGCUCGGUAGGCAUCUAUACGAGAAGUGGGGAUAUCGAGUUGUGAUGAAGCUCGAUUUGUUCGUUCCUUCCAACAAGUCAGAUUUGUGGAACAAGCUUGCUCAUGACCUCAAAAUGCCUCCAUGGUAUGCAAUGUGGAGACCGCUUAAUGGCAUCGUGAAGGAAGGUGAACGGACUCGUCCUUGGCAGCCCUUUUGAGAUGUUCGCAGAAGUUUUCAUAUACGAUGCUUGGGAGAAACGAUCGGCCCCGCGGCUGCAGAGGCAAUCAAUCACGCAAAUCGACUUUAGUAUAUAUCAAUCAAUGCUGAAUGUGACUGAAUAGACCUUUCAUCUUCACUGGUUUUCACAACUUGUCUUACGAAAUUUGCCUUUGAUACGCUGCAGAGCAUCAAUCCCAUAAUUCUAGAGUCUCACGAUAUCAAACGAUGCAGGAUAUCAUUGCUAAGGUUCUUGAUAUUGGCGAUACUGUUGACUUGGCAUAGGCCAUGUGAAUCUCAGAAGACA